AUGGCAGAGGACGCGGCGCCGCCCCCGCCGCCUCCGCUGUCGCCUCCGCCGGCGCUGCGGGCGACGACCAUCGGCAAGUACAUCGCGCGCUUCCGCUACGAGAAGCCGCAGCCGCGAGAGGCGCGCGUGGCGGCCCAACGCGGCGACUUCUGGUGGACCAAGUCGCCUCGGUACGCGCGCAGUCCGCCGCCCAGUCCGUCCACGUGGGCGUCGGGCGACGUCUUCUCCUUCCCAGACGAAGACGAGCAAGAAGAAGAAGAAGAAGAAGAAGAAGAAGAACCAAUAGAUGAGAAAACGACUACCGAGGAGGUCGAAGAGAAGGAAUUUCAAAUUCCUCAAGAGGGGGAGGGCAAUGACAGCAGCGUCGACAGUGUUGAGAGCAAGUUGCGCCGUCGAUUGCGCGUCUGGGGCAGCGAUUCCAGUCGAGAGGGCGAGGUCCUGACUGGGGCAGAGCCAGCAGAGGUUCUACAGUCGUGGGGCUCCGUUGAGUGGGGGUCGGUAGAUUUGGACGAGGUCGGAGAGGUGGAAGAGGUAGAACGAGAAGACCCGGAGGAGGUGAUAGAGAGGGUGCGCAGGCGUCUCGGGUGGGGGUCGACGACAACAUCAGGGGCUGCUGCUUCUACAUCUGGGCUGAAGCUGAUCGACUUUCGGCUGUCGAUAGAUAAGGGAGAGGAGCCAAGGAGGCAGCUGGGGAGGAAACCUCCGUUAUCGCCAGGUUCGUACAGAAGAGGCGGUCCAUUGGAGGGUUUUGGUGCGAGGUCGACGUCUAGCUGGGGAUCGACGGAGCAACAGCGUGACUUUAACGGCGACGAGGUGAAGUCGUCGCCGGUCCGGAGUGCCGAUGAUCGUGAGCCUGGGAUGCGAGAGGAAAAAGUGGAGGAAGACUGGCAAUCGCCGGUGGGAAAGCGUGAGCUCGGCUGA